GUCUGGCAAAGGAACGCUGACGGUCGCAAUUCCUACAUGACCCUGAAUGCAGCCUUGGUUAGCUCUGCUGCAACAAUGGCCACCAUCUGUCAGAAAUGGAGACCCGACCGGGGUCGCUGCUUCAAAACCUACGGAAUUGUUUGCGUUCUGUUCAUGGACCUGGUCUUCCAAUGCGUUAACGGGUACCUGAGCUCCCCUCACGUUGGCCAGGAGCCUCCCUACUCCAGAGACGCCCAGCAUGGCCCCGUCAUCACCAGCCCAGUGGUCCCUGCUGCAGCCUCAGUGUCUCCUGCAGAUGAAGAGAGCGACACUUCCACGUGUCCUAGUGGGGGUUUGUGUAGUCGCCUGCCAGCUUAUUGCAUGCACUGCAAUUACCAACACAACUGCACCUACAGGAAAACAGCUUCCUUCACCUGUAAAACCAAAAAAGGAGUGCACUGCAUAGGGGAGUCGGGACAGCAGCACACCAACUUCUCUCUUUCCAUAAGCUGUCAGUUCUGCUGGCAGCUGGACCCGUCCCAGUACCGCUGCUCGAACUCCACCAACUGCAUGACGGUGUCCUGCCCACGCAAGCGCUACAACGCCACCUGUGACGUGUUGGACCAUGUGCAUUGUUUAGGCAAAAGACGUUUUCAGAAACGGUUAUUUUGUAACUGGACCGGUGGAUACAAGUGGUCGACGGCGUUAGCACUCAGCAUUACGCUCGGUGGUUUCGGGGCCGACCGGUUUUAUCUGGGCCAGUGGAGAGAAGGUCUGGGCAAGCUGUUCAGCUUCGGGGGCCUGGGCAUUUGGACUUUGAUAGACGUUCUUCUGAUAGGGGUCGGUUAUGUGGGACCCGCCGACGGCUCUCUGUACAUCUGAAGCGGAACCCCUGGAGACGUGGCUGCGUGCCCUCCCCCCCCCCCCCUCCCCUCUUCACACCACUCCGCCCCUCAAAGAUCGAAGAUCCGAGAUACUGUGAGCUUGGCACGCUUCACCCGCCCAAGCUCGCUGCGCAACACGUCCUCAUCCCAUCUGCUAACUGGCAGGAAGUGUUGUCCCUCAUUCCACCGACCACGAACCGACCCACACAGCCCAUCAGAUCGAUUCCAAUCACGGAUCUGUGCACGAGGACGAGGAGCCGGUCAUUAUGUGUCUCUGGUUGGGUCGGCUCCGUCAUGCUGAUGUAUAGAUGGGUUCGAUUUCACCGUGGCGCCAUCUGUCACUCCUCGCUCGUUGCAAGGGUAAUGCAUCAAUGGGGGGUGGGGGUCCAAAUGGUAACCAUGGUAACAUCAGACGAAAUAGACAAGUUUAAAAGGUAGCAUAUAUGCCUUGAAAGAAAGCAUGCAUUUGUCCAGUUCAACGGUUAUUUUAAAUUUGUUUUGGUUUUAUUUUAUUUUUUCCUCAACAUUGAGUCAGGCCACAACUGUAAGAACAUCGCCUUAAGGGAUAUAUAAAUGAUACCAUUGGUUUUCUUUAGCUUAAAUUGAAGUUUAUAAUUAAAGUUCAUAUGUAGUCAAACAAACCAACAUAAGAGUUACUGUAUAUUCGAAUUGGAACUGUUGGAGAACCAGAAAGAAGUGCGGGGGCAAGAACUCUCAUUUCUGUCUUUUUUUUCUGGAAAUGCAGAGAUAAUAAUCUCUGUAUAUAUUGAAACCUUUGAAAUGUGUUGCACUAGAAAACUGCAGUCACUUGUGAUUUCUCUCCGUGUACUAAUACUGUAAGAUUCGUUGCCAGAAGCCGAGAGAUCCUCUCACUUCAUGUAAAUAUGUUGUUUCUGUUUUCAGUGUCGGGUCAGCGGUUUUGUUUUUUUAAGUUAUGUUAAUAAAAUAAUGAAAUAAGA